UAGUGAACAUCCAUCAGCGCAGUCACAAACUUUUCCUCUUGUGAUGGGAACUUUGAGGAUUUACUCUGUGAGCAGCUUUCGAGUGUGCCGUACAGUAUCUGCUAGCCACGGACACCAUGCUGGCUUGGCAUCCCCAGGACUUGUUUGACACCAGGAGCUCUGUGCCUUUGACCCCCUCGGAUUCAUUCCUAUUCUUAAGCUCCGAGACAGCAGGGGAAUAGCCCACAGGAGAAACUUUUCACCAGCUCCCAGGACACAGGUUAUCAAAUGCAGCGUUUCUCCUUUACACGGAUCUCCAGCAGACUCUUCGGAAGCGGUCUCGCCCCGUCCUUUCUCCACUGCCCUGCGUCUCUUUGCAGGAGAGUAAAUUAAUAAGUCAGGAGUUAGGACCCAGAGGUCCGCUGUAGCCUCGCAGGACCUGACAGCUGACGGGAAAUCAAUGAAGUGUGCUUCAGGAACGUUACCCUGAUGUGAGAUGGACAGAGGCUGCUGUCUCCCACUUCAGGUGUCUGCGCUCCUCUUGGGUCAGGCUCGGAACCACUGCACGUCCCUUCCCAAACCCCCUCUCCCGGUGGAAACGCUGUGUGAUUGAAAAGGAAGAAAUUUUCCUUCUAACAUGACAUCAUGAUGCUGGCAGGUUGCAUCCUGGUGCUCGCCGUCCUGGGUGUCACUCCCUCAGCAGCCGCAGAGUUCCGUUCAAUAGCCGAAACUGAAGACGCCCUCCUCAGACACUUAUUCCAAGGUUAUCAGAAGUGGGUUCGCCCUGUAUUGAAUUCUAAUGACACCAUAAAAGUACGCUUUGGACUGAAAAUAUCUCAACUUGUAGAUGUGGAUGAAAAGAACCAGCUGAUGACAACGAAUGUGUGGCUCAAACAGGAAUGGACAGACCACAAAUUACGCUGGAAUCCUGAUGAAUACGGCGGAAUUCAUUCCAUUAAAGUCCCAUCAGAAUCUCUCUGGCUCCCUGACAUAGUUCUCUUUGAAAAUGCUGACGGGCGUUUCGAAGGCUCCCUCAUGACCAAAGCCAUCGUGAAAUCGAAUGGAACCGUCACCUGGACCCCUCCUGCCAGUUACAAAAGCUCGUGCACCAUGGACGUCACGUUUUUCCCAUUUGACCGGCAGAACUGCUCCAUGAAGUUUGGGUCCUGGACUUACGAUGGUGCCAUGGUCGACCUCGUUUUGAUGAACGAAAACGUCGACAGGAAAGACUUCUUCGAUAACGGAGAAUGGGAAAUCCUAAAUGCCAAAGGGAUGAAGGGACACAGGAGAGACGGUCUGUACUCCUACCCGUUCAUCACCUAUUCCUUCGUCCUGCGUCGCCUGCCUCUGUUCUACACCCUCUUCUUGAUAAUCCCCUGCCUGGGACUCUCUUUUCUGACGGUUCUGGUGUUCUAUUUGCCUUCUGACGAAGGGGAAAAACUUUCCUUGUCCACCUCUGUCCUGGUUUCCCUGACGGUUUUCCUUCUCGUGAUUGAGGAAAUAAUCCCUUCCUCCUCCAAGGUCAUCCCUCUCAUUGGGGAGUACCUGCUGUUCAUCAUGAUUUUCGUCACCCUGUCGAUUAUUGUCACCGUGUUCGUCAUUAACGUUCACCACAGAUCUUCGUCCACUCACCACCCCAUGGCCCCCUGGGUUAAGAGGCUCUUUCUGCAAAGACUUCCUAAAUUACUUUGCAUGAAGCACCACGUGGAUCGCUACUCUUCCCCAGAGAAAGACGAGAGGAAACGGGUGGUGAAAGGUAAAGUCCUAGGAAAAAAGAAACAGAAGCAGAUGGGGGAGGAAGAGAAGGUUCUGGUUGCUUUCUUGGAAAAGGCUGCUGACUCCAUUAGAUACAUCUCCAGGCACGUGAAGAAGGAGCAUUUUAUCAGCCAGGUAGUACAAGACUGGAAAUUCGUAGCGCAAGUGCUGGACCGCAUCUUCCUGUGGCUCUUCCUGAUAGUCUCAGUGGCGGGCUCCGUCCUGAUUUUCACCCCCGCUUUGAAGAUGUGGCUGCGUAGUUACCACAAGGAACAAGCCUCCAGAGCGAUCUGACUUACCUACCAUGGAGACAGAGUCACGCCAUGGAACUGACAUCCAGCCGGCACGUAUGCACAGCACCCAAAUGCACAUGCUUCCUGGAGGGGCCUGUGUCGUCCCCAAGGAAACUGAACCGUGGGACACGUAGGUUUGCCCACAGUAAACUCGUGGUGGCCAUUAGCGAGGGCCUGGGUCUAAGUAAAACAGAACCUCUAUAGGCUCCUGCCUUGGCUUCAGGGCGGAGCCAUAUGUCCAGGCCUGAGGUCACACGCCGGCAGCACAAGGAUGUCCCAGGAACUGGACUGAGGCCUAACAAGACUGAGGCCCGAGAAUUCAAGGAGGCCUCGGAGAAGGUAUUUGUGCGGGCAGGACUUGGGUCUCCUGUGUCCUGUUCUUGGUGGCUUUGCCUGAGAUACAUCCUGAGCUGCGUGUUGAGGAUGAACAAAUCUCAACAGCCAUGAUAGAACUUUGGGGCUCCGUGUGUAACCCACAUAUCCAUAUUUUUCUGCACGUUUUAUUGGAAUUUUUUAAAAAGGAGGCAGCAUGGUGAAGUAGAAACUAGGGCACAAGGACUCUAGACCAGCCAUUUCCCAGCUGUGAGCUGUGGGAGCGUAGGCACAUCAUUUGUCCUCUCUGGUCAGUAAGAGGUUAUGACUCAUCACUUUUGACACUCUUUUCCACUCUAAAAUUCUAUUCUUUGGAUAUGUAUACUGGAGCUUUCACAAUUUUUAAACUACACAAUUUCUACUUAUAACUUUGAUCCUUUGGGAAAAUGAAUCUGCUUUCUCUCUACUGUAGGACAGAAUUUACAGGAAAAUAUUGUGAUGAAACCAAGGAUUCGAUGCCGUAAAUCCCUGACAGGAUUGUGAAAUCAAAGGGCAAAUCACUGUUCUUUUUAUUGAGAAUGCUAUUGACUUUAACUUUAUUUAACUCAUUAGUUUGCUAGGUAAAUGGCAAAACUAAUCUUAGAAAAAUGCAUUUUGAUUAGAAUCUAGUCUCAAAUUUUGAAAAAUACCACAUGAAACAUUCACUCCCCAAGCCUCCUUCAGGCACAAAUACAGCAAAGGUCAAACCUUUAUACAUGUGCGUACAGCUUAUUCCUCAUUGCAGCUAAAUUGGGAGGCAACACCCGCUUCCAAUAUGGAAAAGGAUAAAUAUUUAUAUAUCACAAUAACCCUCAGAAAGUAACUACAAAAGAGAACUUUAGAGCAAAUAAAUUUUUAUUUCAAAUGUAUAGCAAGAAAAACCCUCUGUGGUCAAUCUUGCCAGCUAAUUCCAAGUGGACGCAGCAGGACCCACACAGCUCUCCGUCACACGUGUGAGCAUGUGGGACAGACACAUGCCUGGACACACACGUGCAGGCACACACACUCGUCGACACACUGGGCAUGCACACAGGAGUGGGCACACACAGAGCUGUCCUAAUUGUUCUCACUCUCCAGAUCUUUGCUACCACUCCACCUCCUCAUGAAGCCUUUACAGAGCACAUGGGCCCCACUGAACUCCCUGUCUCUGAAAAUCCAUGGUGUUUUCAGUUUCUGCUAUAUGGUUUAGAAGGCAAUUGUUCUUUAGAAUUUCAUUAAGUGAAUUUUAUGGCCUUGCCUAUAUCAUAAUAUAACCCUCUGUUAUAUUCCCAACAGCAUCUAAUAGAGCUGUGUACAUAGUCAGGACUCAAUUGAUUAAUUAAACCAGUACCAGCAAGUUUGCAUUGGGGUUUUCAUUUAAAAUAAAGACAAAUUUUUACUCUUGCUCAAUCCUCCAAUAUUUCCAGUUCUCUGUGUGUGAUUUUCAGCACAUACCUUAAACUUUUUCUCAGAUUAAAAUGUUUUUAAUGAAUAAUUCGUGGACACAGACAAUGGGAUGGUGAGGGCCUGGGGUGGGUUGGGAGUGGAUUGGAAGAGGUUAAUUGGAGGAAAGGAGGACCUAUAUAAUACUUUCAAAAUUAAAGAUUUUUUAACAAUUGUUUUAAUUUUUUUAAAAAGUUUUUAGCUUGGCCUGUGUGGCUCAGUAGUUGAGCAUCGACUUAUGAACCAGGAGGUCACUGUUUGUUUCUCAGUCAGGGCAUAUGCCCAGGUUGUGGGUUCAAUCCCCAGUAUGGGGCCUGCAGGAGGCAGCUGAUCAAUGAUUCUCUCUCAUCAUUGAUGUUUCUCUCUCUCUCCCCGUCUCCCUUCCACUCUAAAAUAAAUAAAAAAAUAUAUUUUAAAGUUUUAAAAAUACUAUUAUCAUACUUAGAAAAAUUAAUAAUUCCAUAUUUAAGUUUCCAUCUCUCAAGAACAACCUAAAUUUAUAGCCAGAUUGUCUACAAUAGGAUUUAACCCAUAGUGGUGUGCCUUUUAAAUCUAUUUUAAUUCUUGUCACUGACUUGUUGAAAAACUAGAUCAGUUUCCCCCAAGAAUGUCUCAUGUUUCGUAUUUGUCUGGUUGCUGGCUUCUGGUGUCAUUUAACUUGUUCUUCUGUCUCCUGUAUGUUCUGAAAAUUGGAAGUUACAACUAUAAUUCCAGCAUAAUACUUUUGACAGAGUACACCAGAGAUGAUGAUGCAUAGUUUAUGCUGUGUUGUACAAGGAGACAUACUAUCUGGCUUUCUAGUCCUCAGUGCUAAGAAUAAUCCCUGGGUAAGAUGAUGACAGCUGAUCUCUCCACCCGUCCAGGAAUACAUGUAGUGGGAUCGCCUGUGUCCAUGAACCACAGCAGUUAUAAAGACUCUUACCUUGGUCCCUUUAAAGCUGGCCUCUAACAAGCGACACUAGAACCCUGUAAUUCCCAAAGAGCAGUAUCUCUAUGCUGGGAAAGACCUUUCUGGUCGUGUCAUAAUUCUUUCAUGGAAGCACCUCCUAUUUUGUAUUAAAGUGUAUUUAUUUCAUUAAUAGCCAUGGUGACUCUCAUUUGUGUUUAACCUGACACAUAUUCCUUCUUUGUAUUAAGACUUUCUGCUCAGUGUGGCAAUAAAAUCAUAGUGAAAAUCGAA